UCAUAUUUAGUUAGACGUGAUUGACUCCCUUUGAAAAUUUUGCACCAUUUGUAACGAUUUGGGAAAAGAAGAGUUUUUAGUCUUAAAUAUUGGCAAGGAGUGACAACCAUGUGGCACUAGCAGAAAAGCAUCAACAACAACAAAAACACUGUUGAGCAGCGGUACAGAUACAAUAUGUGUGUGUGGAGAAAUAUGUUGUGAUUUGUAGAAGCAUGUGUGAAACCAGUCUUGUUAGAAAACUAUUGCUUUGGAAAUUGUGAUCAUUUAUUUUCCUUCCUGAAUUUUCUAAGUGCACUAAAACAUCAUUUUUACAAACCAGUGAGUUACAGUUUUAUUAGUGAAUAUUCCUGUAUUGGAAAAUGGGAACUCACAGUUAUGAAGAAAUUAUUUUAUUAAUCAUUGUAGAAAAUUAGUAACCUCAAAAUACACUUGUCAAUACUGUGUGUCAGUGUGUUUUAAAUCAUUUUCUUUUAGAUUCAAUCUUCAAGUAUAUAUAACAAUGUUGACUACUGAGGAAAAUUUCAGAUGCUUACUUGCGGAUAACAGUAGUCUGAAAAUACAUAUGACAAUCGCAAACUAGUUGUCCUAAAACACAUAGAACAAUACACACUGAUGAUAAGAAUCAUGAAUGUGAAUAUUCAACUUGGCACAAAGGCAAUCUUAAAAAGCACAUGAAUAUAUACAUUCGUGAAAAAUUAUGAAUGUGAAAAUUGUGAAUAUUUCCACUUUGCACAGAAGUAAUCUUGAAACGCACAUGCAAACACAUACUGGUGAGAAGAGUUAUAAAUGUGAACUUUGUCACCGUUCAUUUUCUCGCAGUGGGGAUCUUAAAAGACAUAUGAAAAUACACACUGGUGAGAGAACUUAUCAAUGUGCAAUAUGCCACCGUUCAUUUUCUCACAGUAGUAGUCUUAAGAAACAUAAUAUGAUAAUGCACACUGGUGAGAAGAAUCAUGGAUGUGAAAUAUGUCAUCGUUCAUUUACUUAUGGUAGUAAUCUUAAAAGACAUAUGAAAAUACACACUGGUGAGAAGAAUCAUAAAUGUCAAGUAUGUCAUAGUUCAUUUUCUCACAGUUGGGAUCUUAAAAGACAUAUGACAAUACACACUGGUGAGAUGAAUCAUGGAUGUGAAAUAUGUCAUCGUUCAUUUACUGAUGGUAGUAAUCUUAAAAGACAUAUGAAAAUACACACUGGUGAGAAGAAUCAUAAAUGUGAAAUAUGUCAUACUUCAUUUUCUAAUAGCAGUAAUCUUAAACAACAUCUGACAAUACACACAGGUGAGAAGAAUCAUAAGUGUGAAGUAUGUCUACGUUCAUUUUCUCGAAGAGGAGAUCUUAAAAAACAUAUGACAAUACACACUGGUGAGAAGAAUCAUAAAUGUGAAAUAUGUCAUCGUUCAUUUUCUCAGAGAAGUAAUCUUAAAACACAUAUGAUAGUACACACUGGUAAGAAGGGCCAUAAAUGUGAAAUAUGUCAUCGUUCAUUUUCUUAUAGAAGUAAUCUUAACCAACAUAUGACAAUACACACUGGUGAGAGGAAUCAUAAAUGUACAAUCUGUCAUAGUUCAUUUUCUCAGAGCAAUGGUCUUAAAGAACAUAUGACAAAACACACUGGUGAGAAGAAUCAUAAAUGUGAAAUCUGUCAUAGUUCAUUUUCUAACAACAGUAAGCUAAAAAGACACAUGACAAUACACACUGGCGAGAAGAAUCAUGAAUGUGAAAUAUGUCAUCAUUCAUUUUCUCAAAGAGGUAAUCUUAAGCAACAUAUGACAAUACACACUGGCGAGAAGAAUCAUA